AUUGGAGGCAGGUAGUUCCUCGACUGAGACCAGGUUACUGCGAAGUGCAGCGAGCACAUAGGCCGGACGCCAUGUCGCGCUACGGGCGGUACGGAGGAGAGACCAAAGUAUAUGUUGGCAACCUGGGAACUGGUGCUGGCAAAGGAGAAUUAGAAAGAGCGUUUAGUUAUUAUGGUCCCUUAAGAACUGUAUGGAUUGCCAGAAAUCCUCCAGGAUUUGCUUUUGUGGAAUUUGAAGAUCCAAGAGAUGCAGAAGAUGCAGUUCGAGGAUUAGAUGGAAAAGUGAUUUGUGGCUCUCGGGUAAGAGUCGAAUUGUCUACAGGCAUGCCACGAAGAUCUAGAUAUGAUAGACCACCUGCACGGCGGCCAUUUGAUCCUAAUGACAGAUGUUAUGAGUGUGGGGAGAAAGGUCAUUAUGCUUAUGAUUGUCAUCGCUACAGCCGAAGAAGGAGAAGCAGGUCACGAUCUCGAUCUCACUCAAGGUCCAGAGGAAGGAGGUAUUCUCGCUCACGGAGCAGGAGCCGUGGUAGGAGGUCAAGAUCUGCAUCUCCUCGAAGGUCAAGAUCAGCAUCUCUUCGUAGAUCUAGGUCUGCUUCGAUCCGAUCUCGAUCUGGUUCUUUAAAAAGAUCGAGGUAUUUCCAAUCAUCCCGUUCAAGAUCCAGAUCCAGGUCUCUCUCAAGACCAAGAAGCAGCCGAUCAAAGUCCAGAUCACCAUCUCCAAAGAGAAGCCGCUCACCUUCUGGAAGUCCUCGUAGAAGUGCGAGUCCUGAAAGAAUGGACUGAAAUUUUAAAAAUUCACCUUUUAGGAAGAAAGUUAUUUUGUUUACAUUAUUAUAAGGGAUUUUGUGAUGUCUGUUCAAUGUAAGUGUAACCUAGAAGGCUAUUUGAACCAUCUAAUAAUCAGAAUGGAUCUGGAUAUUUUAAGAGCUCUGUAAAUUUACAUCUGUAGAGUAGUGUAAAUUUUUUUUGUUGUAUGUAUUAACAUCUUAUGAUCUGAAAAUGGGAUUUUUUUUUAUUGGCACAUUUAAGAAUAAAAAUGUGUUUCUAACUAGACUUCUGAUUUGUGGUCACUACUGUUAAAAUUAAGCUUGGGCAAGUCUCAAGCCUAGAGAGCUUGUUAGGCCUGUUCAGGGUCAGUAUCUGGAUGUGGCUAGAAGGUGAUAAAUGGCCAAGUUGAAUGCACUCAUGAAAUCUUUCAUUUGGAUAGUUUAUUAACUGUCGUUUGGGGCAUUGAAAACUUACCUUUUCAUAGUAGAUAAAUUUGAAAGUUAUGUUUGAGAGCUGAGGAAACAAAUUUUUCUUAUAACUGCUUGUCAUAUGUGGCAGAAUCUUAAAUUUUAGGUUAUCACAAUAUUAAAUGCCCAAUGAAAUUAUCACCAAGGGACCAUAUGCAGUAGAUUUAAUUGGCAUAACAAUUGGACAGAGCCGAAAGUAAAUUUGGGGAAGUGUUGAAGGGUCCAUGACAAAGUAAGACAUAGCACAAAUUUUAUAUCUGGACAACUGUAUUGUGUCACAGUUAAAAUUUUAAUGCAAUAAGAGCAUUAUGGACAAGUUGUCAUGAGAUGAAGUACUAAUGUUCUGAAAAAGGCGCCAGUUGGGAAUAUAUUGCUCAGUACUGUGCAAUUGUUUUUUAGUAAUAUAUACAUUUUAGUAUUAAGUUAAAUUGUUU